UACUCAGCCUGAGUGACCAGUGGUUCAGACGCUUAGAGAUUUGUCUUCCUGUUGACAGUGGUGGACGAAGCUUUGAAAAGUUGAGAAAGGUUACGCACCGUAAAAAUCAACGUGAUUUUCAGUAGAUACUCAUCAUUUUUAAGCAAUGACGACGUUGCAACGUCCUAAAAUAGUAAAGAGGUUAAGUUGGCAGGACUUGUCUCCUGACAGCUCGAGAAUUCAGUUAACAAGACGAAUCGUACAGCUACAAGGAAACAAAGUAUCUGCUGACAUUCUGGAACAAGCAAAGCAAAUAUGUAAUGAUUAUGUUGAAGCUAAACUUAAGCGCGAGGGCUUCAAAAGCCGAGGCUGGUCUUUCACUUUCCGCGAAAGUUCAGCAUCGCGACAAGCGAGCGGUGAAAUGGUUUCUCAAGUAUCAAUCCGUGUGCAGGAAGUUGGUAGACUCCUUGAACAGAGUUAUCCCCGCUUAUACAAAGAUAUUUCUGGCCGUAUUAAUGUCCCUUUUAACAGCGAAAACACCGUUCAUGAUGUAUUUAAUAAUGUUUCGUCGGAAAUCUUGAGCGAUGGAUUAAACUGGGCGAGAAUCGUUGCUCUGUAUACGUUCGCUGGUGCGCUCGUUGUUGAAUGUUGUAAAGAUGGCCGCAAUUCUUAUGUGCUGGACAUCGGAAACUGGAUGUAUGAAUUUGCAGCUCUUUACAUGGCGGAUUGGAUCAAAGGCAAAGGUGGAUGGGAGGACCUUUUGCGAGCUUUCCCGAGCGUAACAUCGACUGGCUCGGGGGCGUGGAUCGAUGCUCAAGGUACUCACUGGUGCAGUUGGUUACUGAUGACUGUUGGGGCGUGGUGCGAGACAGCUUUUGAGUUCCUGGAAUAUUGCUUCAAAGCUUACAUGGAAAGAAUGCGGAAAAUGAACACCGGCUCUCGUAAAAUAAGCCGAUGAAUAAUAAAUAAACUGUGCAAGGCUCAACAUUACCAUUACAUUGAGAAAAUUAGAAAGAGCGAGUAAACUUUUGGUGCAGUUACUUCAAUUCAGUUUACAGUUUUCAAAGUGAGACGGCCGAGUCGGAGUAAUGGCUUUCAUAAUAACUCACAGAUCAUUUUUGUCGCAUUAAAAU